UUGGUGGUGUGGCUUUAUUACGGAAAACUAUGUCUGACGCGCCACGAAGCCCCCGCCGGGAACAACAAGAGGAAGCCCCUCAACCCAUCCUCGAUGGUGACAUCGAUACCAACUGGGACGAAGUCAUUGAAUCGUUCGACGGCAUGGAGUUGCGCGAAGACUUGCUGCGCGGUAUCUACGCCUACGGUUUCGAAAAGCCGUCGGCGAUUCAACAACGCGCCGUGAAGCCCAUCUUGUUGGGACACGAUUGCAUUGCGCAAGCGCAAUCUGGUACGGGGAAGACGGCCACGUUUGCCAUCUCCAUCUUGCAGAAGAUCGACCCGGCUCUUCGCGAAACCCAAGCGUUGAUUCUUGCCCCCACGCGUGAAUUGGCGCUCCAAAUCGUCAAGGUCGUCAUGGCGUUGGGCGACUACACUGGCACCAGCGUGCAUGCGUGCGUCGGCGGGACGGCCGUGCGCGACGACAUUCGCACGUUGCAAUCCGGCGUGCACAUCGUGGUCGGUACCCCUGGCCGUGUCGGUGACAUGAUCAACCGCCGCGCGUUCCGCACGGACAACGUGAAGCUGUUUGUGUUGGAUGAAGCCGAUGAGAUGCUGUCGCGUGGGUUCAAGGACCAAAUCUACGAUGUUUUCCGAUUCCUCCCCGAGAAGGUGCAAGUGGCGUUGUUCAGUGCCACGAUGCCGUUGGAUGUGCUCGAAGUGACCCAACGCUUCAUGCGCGACCCCAUCCGCAUCCUCGUCAAGCGCGACGAACUGACGUUGGAAGGGAUCAAGCAAUUCUACAUUGCCAUUGACCGUGAAGAGUGGAAGUUCGACACGCUGUGCGAUCUGUACGAGACGCUCACCAUCACACAAGCCAUCAUCUACUGCAACACGCGACGAAAAGUGGACUGGUUGACCGAACGCAUGCAGGCGAAGGACUUCACCGUGUCGGCGAUGCACGGAGACAUGGAGCAACGCGAACGUGACAUUAUCAUGCGUGAAUUCCGCUCGGGGUCGUCGCGCGUGCUCAUCACGACCGACUUGUUGGCCCGCGGGAUUGACGUGCAGCAAGUGUCGCUUGUGAUCAACUACGACUUGCCCACGAACCGCGAAAACUACAUCCAUCGCAUCGGGCGUUCCGGCCGAUUCGGUCGCAAGGGUGUAGCGAUCAACUUUUUGACGGCGGCCGACGCGCGCUACCUCCGUGACAUCGAACAGUUUUACAACACCCAAAUCGACGAAAUGCCCAUGGAUGUCGCCGAUCUCAUUUAGACUAGUUCACUCGUUGAUGUGUGCCGCGGCCGCUCGAGACUGUAGGUUGAUAGCUGGCUGCUUUUGUAAUAUGUCGAUAACACGGCAGAAGAAAUGCAUGAUGAGUCGUGGAGUUUGGUGGAAAUUGACGGGUAACAAAAGUACUAACGUUAUGUACAAAACGAU